AUGGACGUCACCCCAAUAGGAACCAUAGGUGGCGAGGGCCAUUGGCUGCUUGCAGUCUCGUGGGCCACUACGGGGGCUGCCGCUUUCUUCUUUCUGCUGCGAUUAUACACCCGCCUCGUGGUGAUCAAGGCGUACGGGUGGGACGACACCAUUUACAAUGCAUCAUUUAUCCUCCUCCUCGCCUGCACCAUCAUGGUCCACGUCUCGGUCCUCUACGGCCUCGGCCAGAGCCAAGACGCAAUAUGGGACGACAGCCACGACCGGCUUACAAAAUGCCUCCUGUACCUCAUCAUCGCGCAAAUCUUUGGCGUCUCCACCAUGGGCGUGGCCAAGGUCUCGCUGGGCCUGUUCCUGCUCCGGCUCGUGGCCAAGCCGUGGCACCGCUGGGCCAUCUGGGCCGCCAUCGCCGCGCUGCUCGUCGACACGGCCGUGUGCGCCUUUGCCUUUGCCUUUCAAUGCACCCCGCCCGCCUUUUUGUGGGACAAGACCAUCCCGGGCGGCAGCUGCCCGCUGCCCAUAACGCCCUUCGCCGUGGCGCUGGGCACCGGCUGCGUCCUGGCCGACCUCUUCUUCGCCGUCUUCCCCUGGGUCUUUGUCUGGCAGCUCAACAAGCCCUUUCAGGAGCGGCUGCUGAUCGCCGGCUCCAUGAGCCUGGGCCUCGCCGCCGCCGCCUGCGGCGUCAAGCGCACCAUCGGCCUCGGCGGCCUGCAGAGCGCAAACUACACCAUCGACGCCAUCCCCACCUGCGCCUGGUCCAUCGCCGAGCUGGCCAUCACGCUGGUCUGCAUCGCCAUCCCCGUCUGCCUCCCGCUGUUCCGGCAGGUGCUCAAGAGCGUCGGGCUCACGGGCGGCGAGGCGUCGGCGCCGUCGGGGAAGAAGGAGGGCGGCGGCAGCGGCAAGAGCGGCCCCGUCUUUGCGCUGCGCACCUUUGGAGGCGGCGACAUGGCCGGGUCAAAGGGCUCCAAGAGCUGGCAGCGGAGCAGUCAGGUUCGGGACGACGCCGAGAGUGAGUUUUCUCUCAGGAGGACCCCGACCGAGGAUGUGAGGGACGGGAUGAACCGGCCACCGCCCGAUGUUGCGGACGGUGACGUCGAGAGAGGGUUGGCCAUGAGAGACGAGAAGUAA